AUGGCAGGCAUGGAGGAGCAAGGCCACGACCGCUUUCGCUUUACAGAAGUCUAUCGCCCCAUGUUUGCAAAAAUGGUCUUCCACGACCCCGACACCUGCCUCACGGUCAUUAAAGCCUUUUCCAACGCCAGUCACUUCAACAUGGAUAUCUGGCGCUGCGAUCGGGAUGGUCGCCCUAAUAUCGCCGAUGCUCUCAGCAUGCACUCACGCGGCGCCGACGCCUUGAUCAAGGUCUUGGGAUUCGACUGCUACCGAAAUGGCGGCGAAUUCUUUUACCUCGCCAUUGCUGCGCCCAAGUAUCUCUGCGACCGCGCUCUCAAAGAGCUUGAGGACGAGAUAGACGUUGAAAACCGGAUCACACUCGAAACUGCCGACUUUUCGGGUCAGCGCACCAUUGAAUAG